AUGUUGUCGAAAAUGCUCUCGGAAUGUGGUCGCAAGUUCGUCAGUAUAUGGUUUCUCGGUAUUCGUCAGAAGUUCGUCGUGAUCGGCCGUCCGGUUCCAGCUCUAGCCAUGGACGACUGUCUCAUCCCAGGUCAAACCUACUUCGUCUUACCAAUCGAACGUUUCGCUUACAUAGUCUUAACCACUUCGUGUCUCUCGAUCUUCAACUCUAAUAUUCAAAAUGGUCCCUCGACUAAACCACCACCGUUGAGUUUCACCGCCCCGUCGAGUCCUCCACCGUUCGAGUAUUCUAAGGGACCAAACGGGAAGAUUCUAAUAAAAGUUUCUCCUCAUUUUAUCAUGAGUCUUAUAUGUAAACGGAGGAACAUCGCUGAAGAUGAGGUAAUAAUAGACUGUGGUGAAAGCAAGGACAUUUGUAAUUCUCCCGAGUUAAAGAAGCAUUAUGAUCAGCUUGUCGGAACGAGAGAACACCUAUGGUCACCUAAGUUGCAGACGAUCUCUGAGCAUGAGACUAGGGUUUCUCCGCUAAGGUUCUUGGGGAUUGUUCGGAGGCAACAAGAGAAGUGA